AUGUCCGACCAGCGUGCAAUUAUAGACCAUUUGACCAAGACUUUAGAAUUGUUGAGUGUGGAAAAGUCCCAACCUCAACAGCAGAAAUCUGUCCCUGAACCUAGGAGGGUGGACACUCAAGAUUUAGUGGAAUAUUCUCAUUCCUAUAUCGACUUCACCUAUGACAAUCCCACCAUUUACCAUUUGACCGCAAGUUUAAGCCAAAAACUGGAGAAAGCAGGGUUCACAUACCUGAGCGAAAAGGAGAAUUGGCAAGAUAAAUUGACCAAGGGUCAGGGUGGUAAAUUCUAUACUGUCAGGAACGGUACCAAUCUCUCAGCGUUUGUUGUUGGUGAUAAGUGGGAUCAGUACAAGGGUGUUGGUGCCAUUGGUGCCCACGCAGAUUCCUUAACUGCUAAAUUGAAGCCCCUCUCGAAGAAAAAAAGCGUGGAAGGCUAUGAAUUGUUAGGCGUCGCACCCUACGGUGGAACUCUGAACGAUUUGUGGUUCGAUAGAGAUUUAGGUAUCGGUGGACGUGUUUUGUACAAGGAUGGUGAUCAGUUCAAGAGUAAGUUGAUUAGUUCAGCACCUCAUCCGAUUGCAAGAAUCCCAUCGUUAGCACCACACUUUGGUGCACCAGCGCUGCCACCAUUUGACAAGGAGACCCAAGCUGUCCCAGUUGUUGGGUUUUCACAAGGUGAAGAAGAAGAAGCUGCAACAGAACAAGAAAAAGGUUCUGUAUUGUUCGGGAAACACAGUUUACAACUACUGAGAUAUGUGGCUCAACUAGCAGGUUUGGAUGUGGCACAAUUGGUCCAAUUGGAUUUAGAUCUAUUCGAUGUACAAAAGGGUACCAUUGGAGGUAUCAAGAACGAUUUCCUCUUUGCCCCCCGUAUUGACGAUAGAAUUUGUUCAUAUGCAUCUCUAAUUGCUCUAUUAGAAUACGCAGCUAACGUCGAUUUGGCCAACAGUGAUACUUUUGCUCUUGUAGCGCUUUUCGAUAAUGAAGAAAUUGGUUCUUUGUCAAGACAAGGUGCCAUCGGUGGUUUACUAAAGACGACUGUGGAGCGUUCGGCCCGUGCUUUCCAUGAAGGACCUGUAGAUUUCCACUCUCUAUGGGCCAAUUCUAUUAUUCUUUCUGCAGACGUUAAUCAUCUGUUCAAUCCAAAUUUCGCCGAAGUAUAUUUAGAAAACCACAGACCGAAACCCAACGUGGGGGUUACGUUGUCAAUUGACACCAACCAACAUAUGGUCACAGACGUCAUCGGAACUACGUUCGCCGAGGAAUUAGGAAGAAUCAAUGGAGAUCGCGUCCAGUACUUCCACAUCAAGAACAACUCUAGAUCAGGCGGUACUAUUGGUCCAUAUAUCGCUUCUCAAACAGGCGCACGCACUAUCGACCUAGGUAUCCCACAACUAUCUAUGCACAGCAUUAGAGCCACUACAGGCUCCAAGGAUGUUGGUCUAGGUGUUAAAUUCUUUAGGGGUUUCUUCAAAAACUGGAGACCAGUAUUGGAUCGCUUUGGCGAUCUCUAA